AUGGCAGAUAUCAACCCUUUGUCGGCUUACCCACUUCCUACGCGCGCCUCUCUCCUCUCACAAUACCUGGGCAAAAGGCUAGAGGAUCUACCCACUCCAGCCGUCGUCCUCGACCGCGCUAUCAUACGACGCAAUUGCGAUGCCAUGCUCAACAUCUGCGCGGAACUCAAAGUUGGGUUUCGUGCACACGUCAAAAGCCACAAGACUCUCGAGCUAUCAAAGAUGCAAGUCGGCGAAAGUGGUCCGGCGAACUUUAUCGUUAGCACGAUUGCUGAGGCCGAGAACUUGUUGCCGGAGCUGUGCGAUGCGCAGGGGAAAGGGAGGGAAGCUAGUGUCCUCUAUGGCGUACCCGUGCCUCAAUCUGGGAUUUCACGCCUCAUUUCCCUGGCCUCGAAGCUGAAACCCAGAUCUAUCAACGUAAUCAUCGACAACGAGAAUGCUUUUCUUAAAUUCCACGAACGACUUAGCACCUCUGAGACCAAAGUGGAGAUGGGAGUCUUUAUCAAGAUCGAUACUGGCUAUGAACGUGCUGGCAUCAAAACUUCCUCCUCAAACUUUUCUUCUCUCGUCAAAAGAGUAGUUGAGAAGAGUCAGGAACCCAAAUCCGGGUGUUUCCUGCAAGGUUUCUACUCGCAUUUCGGACAUUCAUAUGGUGGAUCAUCUGAAGAUGAUGCCGCAAAUGGCUUAAUUGAGGAGCUACUGGGCUUGGAAACAGCGAUCAAGGCUGUUCCAGAGAGCUUCAGCGGAAAAUUGGUGCUUAGUGUGGGUGCGACACCCACGGCGACGGCAGCACAGAACAUGCUAUCAAGUUCGAGUCCCAAGGUCCAGGAGUUUCACGACGUGCUUGGACGACUACAGAAAGACCAUGUCGUUGAGCUACAUGCUGGGGUAUACCCCGUACUAGACUGCCAGCAAGUCGCUACACAUGCAAGACCACCAUCUACUUCUAGCGCAGCCACGUCAUCCUUCCAGCCUCUCGCUAAAUCGAACAUUGGCAUUAGAAUGUUGGUCGAAGUGACGAGUGUGUAUAACGAGCGGUCAAAGCCCGAGGCCCUUGUGUCAGCUGGCUCUCUAGCGAUGGGUCGUGAACCUUGCAAGUCCUACCCAGGUUGGGGCAUAGUUACACCUGCUCUGGGCAAUGCCUCCGCCAAGCACAUAUAUGAUGAGCGGGAAGACAAGACGGGAUGGAUAGUAGGACGCGUUAGUCAAGAGCACGGCAUCUUGACAUGGGAGGGCGAUAGGAGCGAAUGCAACGAGUUGACGAUUGGCGACAGGGUUAUGGUUUGGCCAAACCAUGCAUGCGUGGCUGGUGCAGGAUUCGGAUGGUAUCUCGUGGUUGACUCAGAAUCAGAUGGAGACACGGUGGUGGAUGUCUGGGUCAGAUGGAGGGGUUGGUAA